ACCAUAUAUGGCGGCUAAUGAACACCUCAAUGUUGUAAACAUGCCUUUGUCUUAAAAGGUUAAUGGUGACGGGAAUUAUUUACAGAGACACUACAAUGUAUAUCUUCCAUUGAUACGUUUCGGGCCCUGUUUAUUGUGAUUAUCUGGAUUAUAUAUAUCGGAUGAUUUUUAGAAGACUAGUUUUUCUUUUUUUGUUUGGUGUAGCAACAGUUCACGCGUCUCCUGAUCCGAAACACUGGUGCGCCCAUGAAAACCAAGAUGUCAUUUUACCAUUCCUGCUCCCGCAACCUGACGAGCAAGGCUUUCUGCAAACAAUCGUUAUCAAACUUCAACACUUUAAACAAAAGCCAAUAGAUGUCCUGUCCAUUGGUGUCUACGACCUUGCCGUGGUUGUGCAUCCCGAAUACACGUCACGGCUAAACUACACAGUCAGCGUACUUGAGAACAAGGUGUACGUCAUAAUCAGCAACGUCACGGUGGAUGACGACGGGCUGUAUAAAUGUUACAGCGGGCUUGAGCCCAUAGAGGAAUGCGACGUUAAACUUAAUGUUUACAAUGAUCGCCAGCGUCCCAUUAUCAACCAAAGUUGGUUGAUUUUCCAUGGCCAGGACUUCAAUGUGACCUGCGAGAACUCCAACUUUGACUUAGGCCAGGAGUACCCUUACAUCCGCUUACUUCGGUUGUACAGGCGAGCCAUCCCAAACAUCCAUUCCUUCAACGUGUUCGCAGAAGUGGCCAAUUACAAUGUCCAAAAGGACGAGAGGAAAGUAUGGAUUCAGAACUAUGAGGGCGAUUGGUCUUACGAACACGAUCAAGCUAAACCUCGAAUCACACUAAUGGUCAAAGGAGCAGGACUAAAGGAUUCUGGGGAGUAUGGUUGCGAGGCCGUUACUUCCAUGUCAGAAAAAAGUCACGUUUUGAUGACAUUUUACAGCCUAGUAGAGCUGGUAAAUGUUAGAGCUUACUACCAUCCAAUGGACAUGACAGAGUGUCAAGAUCCUUCCGUUAAGGCAAUGGCGGGGUUUGGACGUAACGGUUCAACCCAGACAUGCUACGAGUGCCAACUACUGAUGAUAGGUCUGAUGUGGGCUUCAGUUUUAUUACCAUAUCUGAAACCUCGUUUUGGCGGGGCUAUAUGAUGGGAAUACAAGUGAAUGUUUUGUAAGGUGAUAUCAAAGUAGAUCUUCACAGAAAAAAAGUGAAAAAUACCCGAACAUGAAUCAUUUAUGUUUCCAUUAAUUGCAUGUCUAAAAGCAAAGUGUUAUACAUCAGAGAAGAAAAGGAUGAAAGAAUGUAUGUGUAUGUAAUUUAUGUCUAAGAAUGUGUAUGCAAAAUAUGUCUACGAAUGUGUAUGCACUUUAUGUCCAAGAAUGUGUUUGCGACUUAUGUCUAAGAAUGUGUAUGCAAAAUAUGUCUAAGAAUAUGUAUGCAACUUAUGUCUAAGACUGUGUAUGCAAAUUAUGUCUACGUAUGUGUAUGCAACUUAUGUCUACGUAUGUGUAUGCAACUUAUGUCUACGUAUGUGUAUGCAACUUAUGUCUACGUAUGUGUAUGCAACUUAUGUCUAAAAAGGUGCAUACAACUUAUUAUGAUCUUGUUUAUAGUGCAGCUAAAUAUGCACUGUUGCACUGUUGACAACAGACUUGCUAUGUUCAAAACUGGGCUAGUUUUGGAAUGUAUGAAGUAUUGUUAGAGGAGAAUUGUAAUAGAUAUUUUCUUUGUGCUUAUUUUAAUGUGUGAACGAUCUGGACACUUCGUUAACUUUCAAUUUCACAUUGAUCCAAAUUUACAUCUUUCUAAACUGCCGGUUUUUAGGUGAAGUGAAAACAACAUGUUAUUUGUUCUAUCCGUGUUGCUAAUGCUUAUAUAGUGCAGAACCAACAACGUUAGAGCUAUGAAAACUGCAACCUUGACCUUUUCCACGUCCUUGUGUUGACGAAAUAGAAAAAAAAGAAGAAAAUGUGAAAGAAAACAGGAUAUAGAAUGGAUACAAUUUGUUCCAGGCAGGUUACUUUAGUAGGGACAUGGGUGUCAACACUGGGGGAGAAGAGGUGUGGGAAUAAAGUAAAUAGGAGGGGAGGCAGAGGUGCCCCGGGCGCCACCCUCAGGGGGCGUCACACCCAGAGCGGCGCCAAAAAAAAAGUAUUUUAUAUAUUUUUGUUAAGUAAUACAUUUUAAGGUUAUUUGGUUAUUAUUAUUAAAUACUUUGUUUAUUUAUAAGCCUAUAUUUUUUACGAGAUGCACAGUUUUCUCACCACGCCUCUGAGGGGAGGUACGUGUAUCAAUGCGCCACACACAAAACCAAAUUAAAUAAAUGUUAAAAAAUUCAUGAAAAUGUAAGGUAUUUAUCUUUAGUUCUGAAGAUCACAAGCUGUAGUGUUUUGUCUGGACCCAGCGUGAUGUCAACAUUGUAUGUUUGAAUUAAAAUACUUCCCAUUUCAUUGGCUAAUUGUGUGAAUUUUGCUCUAUUUAUAGAGUGAUGCUUGGAUUUAUUUUGAUAGCCGAGUUAUGUCUGAGAUCAUAUUUCAUACUGUCACGUCUGAGAUCAUAUUUCAGACUGUCACGUCUGUUCUGUGUUGGUGUUAGGGUUUAUGAUGCUACUUCUGUUUACUUCAAUAAAGCAGCGACUGUAACCUAGUCCUAGAUAUUUGUUUCGUUGUUUCAUUUACAGCGUGUUAGCACGCGCAACAAUUACUUCCAACUUUUUCAAUUCCUUCGCAAACACUUUCGCCUUAGUCAAAACCUCGAACUGAAAAUGUUACACUUUUAUUUGAAUCUGAAAUCAUGCACAUCGUAGAAUGAUGGAUGGGUUAACACUGCUGUCGUUGAUGUUACUGACUGUGGUCAGUGGGCAUCCCAGAUUCCGAAACCUUAUUCCCAAUGGCGAUCAAGUUAUCUAUUUGAAUCGACCUUGGCCUGGAGUUGGACACACCAAUCGGGGCGGAGGUGGAGAACUGAAUCCAUUUGGUGUUGAUUUCAGAAACAACAAUUUCCAAUGGACUCGGGAGUUAUGUCUCAGAGAUUCGGACGGCGACGGUCGUUCCAAUGGAAGAGAACUUGGAGACCCCAACUGUGUCUGGAGAGUAGGUCAACCUAACCCACCUGGACCUGUUACUCACCCUGGGUUUAGAGAUUAGAAACUCGACACUGAAAGUUUUAAGACGAUGGAUGUAUGAACAUGGAGCUGUGAUCAUCUAGGCUGUGACAAUCUCUUCCAAAAUAAUCAUAUUCAAUAUAUCAUUAUCAAGUAGUUUAAACUACAAUACUUACAUAUACUGUGUUUGAAUAUUUUCUAUAUGUGUAUUAUUUUCUACAGCUUUCAUUAUGUCGUUUUGUAUUGAUAUAUUAACACAACUUGUUUUGAACUUAUUUAUACCCAUUGUGUAUUCUCUUUAUACAGUCAUUUAAAAACAUUUGAUCAAAAUAAAUGACGGCUUAUUAAAUAA